AUGCUGCCUCUGCUUGCCUUCCCGCCCUCGUUCGCCUCCUCUGCGGGGAUCCUCCUCGCGAACGCCGAGGACAUCGACGCCGAGCGAGACAUGUCUCCCGGCGAAGACAGCGACGAGGCAGACUUGUUUGAGAGCUUUCUGGAGGAGGAGGACGAAGAGGCGUUUCCUUCCGAAGACGGAUUUGGCGAGGACGCGCGGUUUUCCGAGACUUCGCGGGAAGAGAUCGAAUCAGGACCGAAGGCGGAAGAAGUCCCCGAACGCUCAGAAGACGCACGACGCCGAGAUCCUUUUGUCUACGCUAUGGACACCAUGGAACUGGAAGGCCGAAGCGACCGCGUCUAUGACCUUUUUGUGCACUGCAGCGCCACAGAUGUCAGGUGCCAGUAUGAACUUGGAGUGUUUUACUUUCUCGGCAUUCCUCCGCUGCCAGCAAGGAACUUAACGGCAAGUCUCGUGCUGUGGCACGUGGCUGCGCUGGGCGGCAGCGCAGACGCGCAAUACGGCCUCGCUCUUCUUCACUCGAAUCUCCGCGACCUCCCGCCUCUGCCUUCCUUCCCAUCUGCGUCUGCGUCUCCUCCCGCAACCAGAGAGAGAGAGAAAUCUCCACAGCACGCCCCAGCCUCGGCUGCGCUGCCUUCCGUCUUUGUCAACGAAGACCUGACUGUGGUCUUGGAGGGCGACGGCGCCGCGCUCGAUUUUUCUGCCAUCGCCUUAUAUUCGGAGACUCUGGUUCGCCAGUACGAGGACGCCCAGGCGCGGCAUGCGAGUUUGUGGACUCUUCCGCUGCGCGUGUUGGAGCGCUGCAUGUCUCUUUUGUCGGCGGCGCGCGACGGCCUUCUCGGCGUGGCUCCACGCGGUCUGAGCGAGGAAGAGUUGGAAGCGAUUUACCUGUCUCGUCCAGCGAGCGGGGACCAGGGCGGAGGCAGGCAGCGCGCUCAGGAUGGGCUGCCGGCGGGUGCCGUCUACGACGAGGCACGCGCCGCAGACCAGCUGACAAACGAGAAGGCGGAUCUUCCUGUUCGCUCCCUGCCGACGUUUGCAGCGAAUCCAGGUCUGCCGCUCGCGUUUUUGUACUCCGCAUCCACCAGUGAACACCCAGGGGCCGCGAUGGCUCUGGCGACACGCCUGCGACUGGCCACAGCCAACGUUCCGCUUCGCCAGUCGCAGUCCUGCACAGGGGCUGUCAACUUUUACUUGCCCUACGCGAGACGCGUUGCCAUGUCGUAUGGAUCCGGCAUCCCGCAGGCGCCGGAGUUCCUUCGCUUCCACUCGCCGCCAAUGAGUGUCAGCAGCCACAGCACUGGGUCAGAAGGCCUCUUUCGCUUUCUUCCUUCUCUCGCUGCGGGGUCUCCCAACAGACGCCGAGACGCAGGCGCCCCGAGGCCCAGCGAAGGGCGGGACACUCGACGCGCCCCGCCAAACUCGCCGCUCUCGCGCCGCCAGCACUCCUCGCCAGAUUUGGAAGUUAUCCUCGAGCUCGCGCGCCGCGGCAACCCCGCGAUGCAACUCGCCCUCGGCAAACGGCUCCUGUUUGGAGUCGACGGCCUCGAGCAAGACGUCGAACGCGCGCGGGAGUUUCUGCUCGAGGCUGCCGAGGCUGGGCGAUCGGAGGCGGGCGCCUUGCUGGGGUAUCUCGAUGCCCUCGGCGUGGGGCGCGAGACGAACGUGACUGCUGCGACAGUCGCCUUUCUCGAAGCGGCAGCGGAGGAUCGACACCCUAUCGCGCUCAACGGCCUGGGGUAUUUGCACUUCUUCGGGAGCGACUUGGUUGAGAGAAACGAGCUAGCCGCUUUCCAUCUCUUCAACAUCAGCGCCUCGCACGCCUUUCCGGACGCCGAGACAAAUCUCGCCGCGAUGUACGUCACCGGACACGGACAUUCGCAGUCGUUCGUCAAAGCCAUGCAAGCCUACACGCGCGCGCUCCAGGCAGGCAGCACGGGGGCCGCGUACGCGCUCGGCCUGAUGCAUCUGAACGGCCUCGGCGCGGUUCGCGAGUGUUCCGUCGCCACUGCGCUCCUCAAACGCGUCUGCGAGAAGGGAGGCUACGUGACGAAGAACCUCCAAAAAGCGUACACGCUUUACGAGCAAGGCCGAUUCGACGAGGCUGCUUUCCAUCUUCUUCUUCUCGCAGAGGCAGGCCAUGAGGUAUCACAGACGAACUUGGCGUUCAUGCUCGAUGGCGGCUUGACGGAUCUCUUCUUUGACGGGUCUAUCGGCAGAAAGCGGCUGCAUGCACAACGCUUCUACCAGCUAGCCGCGCAGCAGGGAUCCCCGUUGGCGGAACUGCGGUUAGGCGACUACGCUUACUUUGGCCACGGCGUUCAGAAGGAGAUUCGGGCACGACACCCGUCUCGUCCCCUGCUGGAUGACGAAGGCAAUGAUAUGAGUGAAUGGAUAAGCGAAUCGUACGAAGCCUUCGCUCCUGCGGUCCCCAAUCCACGCGUCGCUGUCGGACACUACCUCCGCGUGGCCGAGAUGUCCACAGACGAGAAGUGGCAAGCGCCUUACGUAGCCAAAGCCUCGUUCAACCUAGGCUUCAUGCGACUAACAGGGAUCGGCCUUCCGCAAGACUUCUCUGUCGCGCGGAAUCAUUUCGAGAGGAGUUUGGAAGCUGACCCAGCUGCGCCGAAGGCUCCUGUCUAUCUCGCGUUGGGGCUCCUCAUGCUCCUGCGUUUCCGUGAAGAAGUGGAUUUGAACGAGGUUGCACAAGCGCUGCUUGAGGACUCUCGCGUGAUUCUUCUUGUGCUGAUUUUCCUCAUCAUGGCAUGCCUUCUUGUGCUGCGUAUUCUCGCCAAAAGACUUCACCCGCCUCCCAGCGACCUUUUCUUCGCUUACGACGCCCGUCACGGCUCCCCCCCUCGACUCUCUCCACCCACACCCACAUCUCCUUCCUCUUCUUCUUCCUCUUCUUCCUCCUCUUCUUCUUCCUCUCCUUCUUCCUCUCCUUCUUCCUCUUCUUCUUCCUCUUCUUCCUCCUUUUCGUCUUCCUCUUCUUCUUCCUCUCCCUCCUCUUCUUCUUCCUCUUCUUCCUCCUCUUCGUCUUCCUCUUCUUCUUCCUCUCUUUCCUCCUCUUCUUCUUCCUCUUCUUCCUCUUCUUCCUCCUCUUCGUCUUCCUCUUCUUCCUCUUCUUCCUCUCCUGUGCCGUCUGAGGAUUUUGGACUGUCGGCGCCCCCAGCCAGCAGGGCGACGGAAGGAUCCCUCCCUUCGUUCUUUGAAGCGCGUGCUCGAGAACUUGCUCCAGAUCUCCGUCAAAGAAGAAUGACUCCAGACACAGUUGUGUCUUCCCUUUCCUCCUCUUCUUCCUCCGCUUCGUCUUCAUCGUCUUCCUCCUCUUCGUCUGCUUCCUCUUCCUCCUCUUCGUCUUCUUCGUCUGCUUGUGUUGCGGAGUCAGGAAGCGACGAAGUCGAGUGCAGGCAGCAGAACGGGGCAAAUGCGUCUCCGCGGGCUGCGGGCGAGCCAGGCGCGGCUCUGGAGCCCAAUGGGACGGUGACCGACGAAAGACUGAUACGAGCGCAGCUGUUGGAGGCGGCAGCGGCGAGGCGAGGCAGGACGCCAGGCGGCCUCCGUUCCGACAAGCAGGCAGGGGCGACUUCUGAGGACAUCUGA